AUGCCCUCUAUACCAUCGACUCGCGCUCGACUCCAGUGUAGCAACAUCAACCAGGCCACCUACCACCAAGCCAUCAACCACCCUCCCACCACCACCAUGGACGCCUACCAAUGCCUCCUCUGCCACCCCGCUGUGUACGUUGCCGCUGAUCUCGGCAACAUGAAAUCGCACCUGGGAGCCCCAACCAAGCACAACAUGGGCUCCUACCGCUGCCAGAGGGCUGGUUGCGCCCAGCUCAAUAACAGAGAGUACGCUAACCACGGCAACCAUCAGGCCAGGUGGGCAAAAGACCAGGUGCUGGAGGGCCCUCUUGACCGCUUGGCUCGUCAAUGCCAGAAGCCAUGGGCUGCAGGAGUCUUCCCUGGUGCUCUGCAUCACCUGGCUCCUGCCGUUCAGGCUCCUCCUGCUGCCUUGGUCGCCCCUGCCGCCGCUCAAGGUCAGGCCCCUCGCGCUGCCCCUGCUGUCCCUGCUGUCCCUACUGUCCCUACUGUCCCUACUGUCCCUACUGUCCCCGCUGUCCCCCUCGCCCCUGUGCCUGCCCCUGCCGCUCCUCCUGCACCUCCCGCUGCUCCUGUCAACCCUCCUGCCGACGUCGGGGCCUUCGCCCCCAACGUUGGUCUUGAGUGGAUGCAGUGGAGUCGUGAGAAGGAGGACGGCGCGGAAGAGCCCAUCCCGGGCUACUACCAUCAUUUCGGCAUCUCCUACGGCACCGGGCCCGACAUCCCUGGUGGCCGUUAG